GGAACCGCCGCCUCGGCCAUGCGGCUCCCGGCCCGGGGGCCUGGGCUGGGGCCCGCGCCGCCCCCCGCGCACCGCCCCCGCUGAGCCUGCGCCCGACCCGGGGCGCCUCCCGCCCGGCACCAUGGUGCAGAAGUCGCGCAACGGCGGCGUGUACCCCGGCCCGAGCGGGGAGAAGAAGCUGAAGGUGGGCUUCGUGGGGCUGGAUCCCGGCGCGCCCGACUCCACCCGGGACGGGGCGCUGCUGAUCGCCGGCUCCGAGGCCCCCAAGCGCGGCAGCAUCCUCAGCAAACCUCGCGCGGGCGGCGCGGGCGCCGGGAAGCCCCCCAAGCGCAACGCCUUCUACCGCAAGCUGCAGAAUUUCCUCUACAACGUGCUGGAGCGGCCGCGCGGCUGGGCGUUCAUCUACCACGCCUACGUGUUCCUCCUGGUUUUCUCCUGCCUCGUACUGUCUGUGUUUUCCACCAUCAAGGAGUAUGAGAAGAGCUCAGAGGGGGCCCUCUACAUCCUGGAAAUCGUGACUAUCGUGGUGUUUGGCGUGGAGUACUUUGUGCGGAUCUGGGCCGCAGGCUGCUGCUGCCGGUACCGUGGCUGGAGGGGGCGGCUCAAGUUUGCCCGGAAGCCGUUCUGUGUGAUUGACAUCAUGGUGCUCAUCGCCUCCAUCGCGGUGCUGGCUGCCGGCUCCCAGGGCAAUGUCUUUGCCACGUCCGCGCUGCGGAGCCUGCGCUUCCUGCAGAUUCUACGGAUGAUCCGCAUGGACCGGCGGGGAGGCACCUGGAAGCUACUGGGCUCUGUGGUCUAUGCCCACAGCAAGGAGCUGGUCACCGCCUGGUACAUCGGCUUCCUCUGUCUCAUCCUGGCCUCGUUCCUGGUGUACUUGGCAGAGAAGGGGGAGAACGACCACUUUGACACCUACGCGGAUGCACUCUGGUGGGGCCUGAUCACGCUGACCACCAUUGGCUACGGGGACAAGUACCCCCAGACCUGGAACGGCAGGCUCCUGGCGGCAACCUUCACCCUCAUCGGUGUCUCCUUCUUCGCGCUUCCUGCAGGCAUCUUGGGGUCUGGCUUUGCCCUGAAGGUUCAGGAGCAGCACCGGCAGAAGCACUUUGAGAAGAGGCGGAACCCGGCCGCAGGCUUGAUCCAGUCGGCCUGGAGAUUCUACGCCACCAACCUCUCGCGCACAGACCUGCACUCCACGUGGCAGUACUACGAGCGCACGGUCACCGUGCCCAUGUACAGUUCGCAAACUCAAACCUACGGGGCCUCCAGACUCAUCCCCCCGUUGAACCAGCUGGAGCUGCUGAGGAACCUCAAGAGUAAAUCUGGACUUGCUUUCAGGAAGGACCCCCCGCCGGAGCCGUCUCCAAGUAAAGGCAGCCCGUGCAGAGGGCCCCUGUGUGGAUGCUGCCCCGGACGCUCUAGCCAGAAGGUCAGUUUGAAAGAUCGUGUCUUCUCCAGCCCCCGAGGCGUAGCUGCCAAGGGGAAGGGGUCCCCGCAGGCCCAGACAGUGCGGCGGUCACCCAGCGCCGACCAGAGCCUCGAGGACAGCCCCAGCAAGGUGCCCAAGAGCUGGAGCUUUGGGGACCGCAGCCGGGCGCGCCAGGCUUUUCGCAUCAAGGGCGCCGCGUCACGACAGAACUCAGAAGAAGCAAGCCUCCCUGGAGAGGACAUUGUGGAUGACAAGAGCUGCCCCUGCGAGUUUGUGACUGAGGACCUGACCCCGGGCCUCAAAGUCAGCAUCAGAGCCGUGUGUGUCAUGCGGUUCCUGGUGUCCAAGCGGAAGUUCAAGGAGAGCCUGCGGCCCUACGACGUGAUGGACGUCAUUGAGCAGUACUCAGCCGGCCACCUGGACAUGCUGUCCCGAAUUAAGAGCCUGCAGUCCAGAGUGGACCAGAUUGUGGGGCGGGGCCCAGCGAUCACGGACAAGGACCGCACCAAGGGCCCGGCCGAGGCGGAGCUGCCUGAGGACCCCAGCAUGAUGGGACGGCUCGGGAAGGUGGAGAAGCAGGUCUUGUCCAUGGAGAAGAAGCUGGACUUCCUGGUGAACAUCUACAUGCAGCGGAUGGGCAUCCCUCCGACAGAGACUGAGGCCUACUUUGGGGCCAAAGAGCCAGAGCCGGCACCUCCGUACCACAGCCCGGAAGACAGCCGGGAGCACGUCGACAGGCACGGCUGCAUCGUCAAGAUUGUGCGCUCCAGCAGCUCCACGGGCCAGAAGAACUUCUCGGCGCCCCCGGCUGCGCCCCCUGUCCAGUGUCCGCCCUCCACCUCCUGGCAGCCACAGAGCCACCCGCGCCAGGGCCACGGCACCUCCCCCGUGGGGGACCCUGGCUCCCUGGUGCGCAUCCCGCCGCCGCCUGCCCACGAGCGGUCACUGUCCGCCUACGGCGGGGGCAACCGCGCCAGCACGGAGUUCCUGCGGCAGGAGGACGCCCCGGGCUGCAGGCCCCCCGAGGGGACUCUGCGGGACAGCGACACGUCCAUCUCCAUCCCGUCCGUGGACCACGAGGAGCUGGAGCGUUCCUUCAGCGGCUUCAGCAUCUCCCAGUCCAAGGAGAACCUGGAUGCUCUCAACAGCUGCUACGCGGCCGUGGCGCCUUGUGCCAAAGUCAGGCCCUACAUCGCGGAGGGAGAGUCAGACACCGACUCCGACCUCUGUACGCCCUGUGGGCCCCCGCCACGCUCGGCCACCGGCGAGGGCCCCUUUGGUGACGUGGGCUGGGCCGGGCCCCGGAAGUGAGGCAGCGCUGGGCCAGUGGACCCGUCCGCGGCCCUCCUCAGCACGGUGCCUCCGAGGUUUUGAGGCAGGAACCCUCUGGGGCCCUUUUCUUACAGUAACUGAGUGUGGCGGGAAGGGUGGGCCCUGGAGGGGCCCAUGUGGGCUGAAGGACGGGGCUCCUGGCAGUGACCUUUUACAAAAGUGAUUUUCCGACAGGAGCUGGAGGGCUGGGCAGGGCCCUGUGGCUCCAGGAGCAGCAGUAAGGCCGCCUGUCCACUCUGCUCAGGGCUGUGGCAGACAUCAGCCUGGUGUGAGGAGGGGCGGGAGUGAUGACGGGGUGUGGCUGGCAUGGCGACGGGCGGGGGAUGGUCUCAGGGAGCCGAGCCCAGGGAAGGCACAAGGGGCAGGGCUGUUCCAUGAGGACCUGUGGGCCUUGGGGCCUGGUGGGAUUUCUGGGCAGCUGCAGGUGGGUGUGGCCAGCCGCUGCGCGUGGCCUCUGCCCUCACACCUGGCCUGCCUGGCGGACUUUCCCGUGCCCCACCUCAGGGGUGCCCAGUUACAGAGCUAUUGAUUGGCAUCUU